GUGUGAAGCCGUAACUGACAACUGGUCAUCCACGUAGCUGCCUUGCCGGAGCUGGUGAUAGCGGAUUCUGUUGUUGUUUGUUGGUUCCCUUUCCAGCGUAUUGACUGCGCCGCAUAGCCAAAACCAAAAUUUUGCGAGUGUGAAGUUACCGUCGACAAUUCGUUUUCUUUCUCGGCACGGGAGGACUUUAGUUUGCUUAGUCGUAAACAAUCUCCUGCUCUAGUGGAAUAGCAAAUUCAAGGUCCUUGUUUUUUUUGGUGAAUAGUUUGCGUUAAGCUAAGCUGACAAAAAUGGCAAUCAAACCAGGAAUGGGACGAAAAUCGUCCAACAAAAAUCCGCCCUUCCUGAGCCACGAAUUUGUGAUCCAGAACCAUGCCGAUAUCGUUUCUUGCUUUGCGAUGAUCUUUGUCGUCGGAUUGAUGCUGCAGGCCACAAAUUCCCUUGCAAGUAUUUUUAUUGCUUUGCAUCACAAUGUUACCGGUGUCGAUCCGAGCCAUGAAAACCCACAGGGAGAGCCAUACUUCUACACGUCCGGCUGGAAGGAUGGUUGUGCGGUGUUUUUCUACACCCUUAUCUGUAUCAUCAUGCAUGCUAUACUGCAGGAAUACGUUCUGGACAAAAUUUCCAAAAAACUCCACCUAUCCAAGUUCAAGCUGUCCCGUUUUAAUGAAUCCGGCCAAUUGGUGGUGUUUUACGGCAUGUCCUUCCUGUGGGGCUUCGACGUAAUCGUCCGGGAGCAGUAUAUCGGUAACGUGGCUAAACUGUGGGAAGGUUUUCCGGAUCACCCGAUGGUAUUCCUGCACAAGUUAUUCUUCAUUAUCCAGAUGGCGUACUACUGGCACAUGCUACCAGAGCUGUACUUCCAAAAGGUGAAAAAGGAUGAACAGAAGGCAAAGGUUCAGCAUGCUCUUGGUGGGUUCUUCCUUAUUGCGACCGCCUACUUCCUGGGAUUCCAUCGCAUUGCGCUAGUGCUGCUGACAUUACACUACUUCUGCGAAUUUAUCUCGCACACAUUCCAGCUGAUCAAUAUCUUCGAUAAGGACGAGAAAUUCGUCAGAUUGCGUCUGGUUCACAACGUGAUCUUCAUUCUGACCCGCUUUGCCACGAUGGUGCUAACCUUCCUGACGCUGUUCUACGGGAUCAACGACGUAUCGCAAACGAAACGCAGCUUCAUGCUGGCCACGAUUUUUGGUCUGCAGGGCUAUCUGAUCUUUGAUUUUAUCUCGAACGUGCUAAGAUCGAAGCGGGAACGUUCGGUCGAACAUUCGGAACGUCAGGCGAAGGCAGCGGCUACCAAGAGCGAAAAGUCCAAGAAGGAGCGUAAGAAGGAAAGCGACCUACCCGAAGCUGACCAGAAUUCAAUUCAGUCGGUACCGGCACCGGCUGUCAGUGGAAAGGCCGCCAAGAAGACCAAGGUCAAAUAAGCGAAUUUGUGUAGGUUAUUCUUAGUUUUGUUUGUUUUCAACGAACACACUAUUGCGCUCUCCACGUUAAAAACAAAUCCGAGUAACGCAAAGCUAAAAGUAUUUGCUUCCGUUUUCUAAAAACAUUUAAAGAUAGUGCAGCUGUGUAAUGCAACCAGUUUAAUUUCUUUGAUUACCCUAGAGUACCAUUUCACUUUUGGUUGACCGAGCAAGAAGCUCAGUCGUAGUUUAUAAAAUGAUCAACAAAACGCAUGCUCAAAAUAUCCACUUUUUAAGUAGUGAUAGAAAACGUUAACUGUUCUUAAAGUACCAGUUCGUUAGUAUCGCCGUCAAACUAGACAUGCUUUUUGCACCUGAGACAAAUGAAAAUCAAAACUAGCCAAGUAGAAAAGAGAUGGUGGAGCAAGAGCGAUUUGUAUGCUUUUAUAUGCAUUUACAACUUUCACCGGAUAAUGAAACCAGUUUUUUUGUUUACUAAACUAAAUAGCAGAAACAGGCUCACAGGAUACCUCUUUUUUUGGGAACAAUUUUAAGUUGAUUUUUCUCCAUUAUAAUCUAUUACUAUUCAGAGCUCAGAGUAUACAGUAAAGUUUUGUAUGUUCUAAUGCAAUAACAAAAUAAAAAUUGACACAUCCAAUUGUACAAGGAAUCGUCAGAUAUCACAUCACGGUUUUGCGAUCAGAAUUUCAAAAAGAUAAACUUUCUCACUAUAAAAUAUAAAUCACAACGUUAUGCAACUGGUAACGACGCUGAAUCCAUCUGAAUAAAAACUCGACACGUCAA